AUGGAGAAGAAAGAACGCGCAGAGAUUCAGCAUUCGAGAGUGAAGCUGAAAGUUCUCAUCGCAGGAGCUGGCGUCGGAGGGCUCUCGGCCGCAAUCGCACUGGCGAGAAGAGGCCACGACGUGACCGUCUUCGAGCAAGCCGAGAAACUGGCAGAAGUCGGAGCUGGGAUCCAAGUGCCCCCAAACUCCCUCCGCAUGCUCCUCGAAUGGGGCCUAGCGGAAUUCCUCCAAGGUUGGACAACGGAGCCGCACAACGUCUACUUCCGGCGAUGGCAAGAUGGAAAGAUCAUCGGGAGGACUAGAUACAUUCCCGAUUUCCGCGAGAAAUUCGACGCGCCUUACUAUGUCAUCCACCGGGCCCACCUGCACCACGCGUUGAAGGAACUUGCGCAGAAGUAUGGCGUGGCGAUCAAGCUCGCGAGCAGGAUUAUCGCCGUCGAUGCCGUGGCUGGUAGCCUACAAACGCAAGAUCGUAAUGCGUAUUUCGGAGAUCUCAUCGUGGCAGCCGAUGGGAUCCACUCAGGCCUACGAGGUUCGAUCUUCGGCGGCCAAGCCAAGCCCUCUCCCACUGGGUUCGUGGCAUAUCGAUGUACAGUCAACACGGAAGAGAUGGUACGCGAUUCGACGACGGCGUCACUACUAAGAAGUCCCAAUCUGAACCUCUGGUGAGUUUCCGAACGCACUGGUGCAUGCACGUCGGUGCUGACGCCUCCCAAGGGUGGGUGAAGACGGCCAUGUCAUGAGCUAUCCUAUCUCGGGCGGGAACUCUUUCAAUGUGGUCGUAAACAGGUAUGAUCCAAGUGAUCCGGCAUCCUGGAAUCGGAGCGAUGCUCUUGAAGAAAUGAAGACCAUCAUCAGCGACUGGGAUGCCGUGUUGAUCAAACUAGUCGGCAUGGUCAAGCAUACGGAAAAAUGGCCGCUGUUGCAGGUCUCCACAUUACAGAACUGGGUCUGUGAGAGGGCGGUGAUUCUGGGAGACGCUGCGCACGCAAUGCUGCCAUACAUGUCCCAAGGAGCGGCUAUAGCGGUGGAAGAUGCCGCGGCAUUGGCAGAGGCCAUCCACUUGAUCUCGGCCGAGGAUCAAGUUCCACAUACCCUGAAAGUCUGGGAAACGGUGAGAAGACUACGAGCUCACGAGAUGCAACAGGCGAGCGAGCUGAACUCCGUCCUGUGGCAUUUCGCCGACGGGCCGGAACAGGAGGCACGCGAUGCCAGUAUGGAAGCUGAAGUUGACGGUCGGCAGAUAAUCGACUCCAGCGCAAAUCAAUGGAGUGAUGGAGCUACGCAAAGAUGGUGCUAUGCCUACGACUGCGAGGAGGAGAUCCGUCGGGCGUGGAUGGUGCAAAAGCAGACAUGUGAUGAUGAAGACCUUGAUGCCGAGUGGCGUGAUUCGGCGUAUGUUUCCAGAGCGACAUCGAUCGCUGCGGUCGAGCUUGAUAGAUAG